AAACACAAUAAAUUUAGAGCAUUUCAUUUCACUUCACUGUUUCCUCUCUCUGCUCACAGAAAUAACUAAAACGCAAAAAAAUAAGAAAAAAAGAAAAAAGGGAAAAAGUUGCGAGCGUAUCUGAGAAGUUACUUUCGCGCCUCGUAUCAAAGAGACCACACCUUUUGGUUUUAAAUUUCUUCAUAGUUCUGAACUACAAGCGGUGUAGACGAAUUGGAAGACACAGAGUGAGAAUGCGAGGCCGAAAACAGUCGCAACGACCCAAAAAAUCUUCUGAAUGAAGAAAGAAGAGUAAAAAAAUUACAGAAGAAGAAGGGAGGGAAGAGAUUGCAAGGGAAGGGAAACAAUUGUGCAAGAAAGAAAAAAUGUACAGAGCUUGAAGGAAGAAGUGGAAGGAAGAAGUGGAAGGAAGACGAACCAGUAAAACAAAAAAAAAAAUAAAUGGUGAGAGAUUUUUGUACGAGGAGCAAGCAAGGAAAAAAGUUGCAGUGUGUGAUUAGAUUUUUUUUAAGAAAAAAACAGCAAAACAAAGUAGGAAGAAGUGCAUUUGGAGUUAAAGUGGUAAUUUCUCAUGGUGUUGACAUAAGCAUAGGGCCAAAAUUCAUUGGUUUCAACCUUGUGGUUAGUUUUGAUUUGGGCUCCUAUAAGGGGGCCUCUGUUCAAUUUUCCUGAAGUAUCUCUUGCGAAACAACUGUACCAGAUGAGAGGCCAGGAAAGUAUAUUACCAAAUGGUAUUGAAGAUGGUGGUGAGGCCAUACCAGAUCCAGGAGGAAGCUGUUCACAGACCAGUACAGACAGAGAAACUUUAGCCGAUGUUUCAAGGGUGGCAGUGAGCAAGCUUCUAAGUCGUGCAUCUGGACGUUGCUUGUCAGGAAUAAGGAAACAUGCUCUGCGUCCAUGUGAUUUGUCAAAAUCUACCAUUGGAAAAGAUGUAAAUCUUGCUAUGGACAAGAAGGUGACAUUGGAGACUGAGAGGUGCAAUGAAAAUGUAAUAGCGAGCUGUUCUGAGGACGUUGAUGUUCCUGAAGUAAAUUUACAGAAUUCUGUAUCAGAAGUUUUAGAAGAUUUGGAUGAUUCCGAUUGGGAAGAUGGUUGUGUUCGACCUUUGGAUGGGACAGAGUCUCAACCAUUGACUAUUGAAAUUAGUGAGAUACAGGAGAUCCCUGACUCUACCAAGAGGAAACCGAUUCGUCGAGCUUCUGCUGCUGAUAAGGAAAUUGCUGAGUUUGUGCAUAAAGUUCAUUUGCUUUGCUUACUUGGACGGGGUAGAUUAAUUGACCGAGCUUGCAAUGACCCUCUUAUUCAGGCUGCUUUGCUUUCUCUUCUUCCAGCACACUUACUGAAGAUCUCACCGGCCAAGCAACUGACAGCCACCUCUCUGAAACCCCUGGUUGCUUGGUUGCAUGACAAUUUCCAUGUUAGAAACCAAGCGAGGUCGGAGGGUUCUAUUAAUUCAGCUCUAGCUCAUGCUCUUGAAACGCAUGAAGGGACUUCAGAGGAGAUUGCUGCAUUGACCGUAGUGCUUUUUAGAGCUUUGGAUAUAACAGCUCGGUUUGUAUCUAUUUUGGACGUUGCUCCUAUAAAACCAGAGGCCGAAAGAUCUAAAUGUUUUAGCCAAGACAUAGGCAGAUCAAGUAGAAACAUUUUCAAGAACUCAACUUUGAUGGUAGAUAAAGCAGAAGCAGUUGAUAAAGAUUCUCUUACAUCACGUUGUCUUGACAAGAAGGAUAAUCCCCGGAAAAGAACUUCUGGUGAUAAUCGUGAAAGCAAUGCAGUCAAUUUAGUAGGCAAGAAAACUCACGUCCUUAAUGCUUUGUCUAGCACCGGAAGUUCUAGUUGUAACUCAAAACCUGAUAUCUCUGAAACCUUCCCCCCCAAGAACUCUCAGGUACAGAAGAGGAAGGGGGAUAUUGAGUUUGAAAUGCAGUUACAAAUGGCUCUCUCCGCUACAGCAGUUGAGACUAUGCCCAGUAAUUCUAGCAUAAAUCACUUAAACGAGCCUCCUUUGAACUUUCCUCCGUCUAAAAAACUGAAAAGAAUUGUUAAUGAAGAAUCUGCCUCUUCUCAUGGAAUCUCCACUGCUGUUGGUUCAAGCAAGGAGGGAUCUCCCUUGUAUUGGGCAGAAGUAUACUGCAAUGCAGAGAACUUGACAGGUAAGUGGGUACACAUUGAUGCUGUAAAUAUGGUUGUUGAUGGAGAGCACAAAGUGGAGGACUUAGCUGCUGCAUGCAAAACAUCUUUGAGAUAUGUGGUUGCUUUUUCUGGGCUUGGUGCGAAAGAUGUGACUCGCAGAUAUUGUAUGAAGUGGUACAAGAUUGAAGCAAAACGAGUUAAUACUCUUUGGUGGGAUAAUGUAUUGGCCCCAUUAAGGAUACUUGAAGGACAGGCAGUGAGGGGCACUGGUCACUUGGAAAAGUGCUGCAUUGAUGACUUGAUGGAACAAGAUAAAUUGAAAAUGUCAGACUUGUCAGAUAACUUGAAGCAGAAAAAUCUUCUAGAUGAUGGUAACCAGUCAGGGAAGUCUGAUCACAAUGUGUCAGAAGGGCUUGUCACUGACCGAGACUUUUCUUUGGGUAAUCAAGUUGCUACCAGAGACCAUCUCGAGGAUAUAGAAUUAGAAACUCGGGCACUCACUGAACCUCUUCCAACUAAUCAGCAGGCUUACAAAAACCAUCGUUUAUAUGCCCUUGAAAAAUGGCUAACCAAGUAUCAGAUACUUCAUCCAAAGGGUCCUGUUCUGGGUUUUUGUUCUGGAUAUCCAGUUUACCCUAGAACCUGUGUCCAAGUGCUUAAGACAAAGCACAAGUGGUUGCGUGAGGGACUGCAAGUCAGAUCUAAUGAACUACCUGUUAAGGAGUUGAAACGUUCCAUAAAGAAAAUCAAAAUACUAGAAUCUGAAGCUGAUGACUUUGAUCAGGGUGAUUCCCAAGGAACCAUUCCACUCUAUGGGAAGUGGCAGUUAGAACCAUUGCAACUGCCUCGUGCAGUUGAUGGGAUUGUACCAAAAAAUGAACGUGGUCAAGUGGAUGUGUGGUCUGAAAAGUGCCUUCCCCCAGGAACUGUGCACAUCAGGUUGCCCAGGGUGUUCAGUGUUGCCAAGAAGCUGGAAAUUGAUUAUGCACCUGCCAUGGUUGGCUUUGAAUUUCGAAAUGGCCGAUCAUAUCCUAUUUAUGAUGGGAUUGUUGUUUGUUCCGAGUUUAAAGAUGUAAUAUUAGAGACAUACAAUGAGGAAGCAGAGAGAAUGGAGGCUGAAGAGAGAAGACUGAGAGAAAAACAAGCUAUUUCAAGAUGGUAUCAGCUUCUUUCUUCGAUCAUAACUCGGCAAAGGUUGAACAGCCGUUAUGGGGAUAGUGAGAAUCUAUCGCAAGUGACGAGUGACAUCCGGAACAUGCAUGAUGAGCGUAAUGCAGAUGUUCCUUCUUGUCAAGAGGAUGUAGAACCUUUCAAGGGCCAGCCGGAUAACUUAAGUAAUACUAAUAUGGAUGCUCCAUCUUUUAUCAAUCAGGAUCACAAGCAUGUAUUCCUGUUAGAGGAUCAAAUUUUUGACGAGAAAAGUUUGGUUGUGACAAAACGCUGUCAUUGUGGUUUUUCUGUUCAAGUCGAAGAAUUGUAGCAAUGUUAGUGUUUGUUGAAACUUUUUCCAUUGUCUAUUAGUGGUGUUGAUAUGUGUUAAAUUUUGUAGUGUAUUCUUCUCAGAAUAACAACCGAAAAUCAAAACAAAUUAGCAUAUAUUUGCAGUAGAAUCACAUCAUUCUCAAA